AUGGUGUCUUAUCUAAAGGUGAAGGAGCAAAGUUUAAAAGGUGUUCAGAUUUCUAUAUCUGAAGAUCAGUCUAAGGAAAUGAACAAGGAGCAGAGGAUUGUAGGUGCUCAAACUAUUGAUUCUGCUGUUAAGGAGCAGGGAACUGCUUCUGGUCUUCCUAUGGAAUCGAUAUCAGAUGAGGUUUUUAAAGAAAAAGGGGUGGUUGAUGUUGAUGUUGUUAAGGGCUAUGAUGGAGGAGGAAGCUUUUUGCAAUCGAAUAAGGAGGAAAUGGUAUUAGAGGAUGAACAGGUGGAUGGGGUCUUAAAAGAGACUUUACCUGGGUCUUAA